UCAAACCGGAACAAUUUUUUUCUCUUCUUUGACCGGUAAAAGUAAACACCUCAUAAAGUUAAUAAUGACUCUCGCCGGCGGCAUCAAAUCCGCCGUCAAUUCGACGUCUCUAAUCUCCUGGAAAACGACUGGAAAGUUACAGAAAACAGUGACCAACUAUAUACAGAAAACCGGGCUGGGAGUCCACUCCGGCAAGCUAUCCACGGUGAAAAUACACCCUGAGCUGGCCGGAAGAGGCAGGUACUUCGAAUUUAAGUCAAAUGUCAUCAGGGCUUCGAUUGAUUACGUAAAAGAGUCACCUUUAUGCACUACACUUUGUAAAGAUGGGUAUAGUGUAAGAACGAUCGAGCAUUUGCUCUCUGCUCUGGAGGCCUCCGGUGUCGAUAAUUGCCGUAUCGAAAUUCAGAGCUGUGAUUCUGAUGAUGAUUCUUCUGUUGAGGUUCCUAUUUUUGAUGGGUCAGCAAGGGAAUGGAUGGAGGCAAUUCGACAAGUUGGGCUAACGGUGGCCAAAGAUAGUGGCGGUAAAAGCUGUGAAAAGUUGGUACCUUUUCUUAAUGAACCUGUUUUUGUGUCAAAGAAUGAUUCUUUUGUAGCGGCAUUCCCUUCUCAGAAGACCAAAAUCAGAUAUGGGAUUGAUUUUUCAAAGAUACCUGCUAUUGGCUGUCAAUGGUUUUGUUCUACCUUUGCUGAUGACUGCAUAUAUGACAAUCUGAUUGCUUCUUCAAGAACCUUUUGUAUAUAUGAAGAGGUUGAAAAUUUGCGAAAUGCUGGACUUAUCAGUGGAGGGUCAGCAGAAAAUGCCAUUAUUUGCAGUGCAAGUAGAGGCUGGUUAAAUCCACCAUUGCGUUUUGAUGACGAGCCCUGCAGACACAAGGUGUUAGAUCUUAUCGGUGAUGUAUCCCUCCUUGCUGGCUCUGGCAGUCAAGGGCUUCCAGUGGCUCAUAUAUUUGCUUAUAAGGGUGGACAUUCGCUGCAUGCUGAGUUUGUUCGACAACUGAAGAGAACAGAGUAAACUAUUCUCUGCACUGUGGGUAUAGGGGCAUCUUGUUCAGGACCAAAUGCUUAUUGGAAGAUCACCCCCAUCAAAUCCGUUUUGCGAGAUAGCAGUAUUCUCUUAUAGUGGUUUGAGACAUGAUCUUAUGAGUGAAACAAGUAAAGCUGAUUUCAGGAAAUGGAUGAACUUUGUAACAUGUAUAGUUACAGAUGAAGUAGUGUUCGCUUGAUUUGUUGCCAUCAGAUCUUUAUUGUUCCAGACUUUUAGACACUUUGUAGAAUUUCCAUCAAUGGAAUUCAGCUUAUUAUUUCAUUUCAUUUUUAAA